AUGGCCAGAAAGGACACUCCCCUCUUCUUUCAUGGCUUUGACCUCAGUGGUCACUUUGUUGACCUUCGACCUCUCGGCACAGGCGUCACCGGCCUGGUGCUCUCAGCUGUGGACCAGCGCAACGGACAGCGCGUGGCCAUUAAAAAGCUGGUGAUGCGCGAUGCCGUGACGGUGAAACAUGCCCUGCGGGAGGUCAAAAUCACCCAUCGGCUGCACCAUGAAAACGUGGUCCAGGUUCAUGAGGUUUUGGCACCGUAUGGACGCCCACUGCCCCGAGACCCGUCCCAGCUCAGCGCCCUGUACAUUGUCCAGGAGUGCAUGGAGACUGAUCUUGCUCGGCUGCUGGAACAAGGGCCACUACCCACAGGUCACGCUACUCUACUGUUCUACCAGCUGUUGAGGGGACUGAAGUUCAUCCACUCAGCGAAUGUCCUGCACAGAGACCUAAAGCCUGCCAACAUAUUCCUCAACACGGACCAACUGCUGCUCAAGGUCGGAGACUUUGGGCUGGCGAGAAUAGUCGACCCUCGCUAUUCUCAUAAGGGCUAUCUGUCCGAGGGUCUGGUGACUAAGUGGUACUGUUCCCCCCGUCUGCUCCUGUCCCCCAACAACUACACCAAGGCAAUAGACAUGUGGGCCGCAGGCUGUAUACUGGCUGAGAUGCUGACUGGACGCAUGCUGUUUGCAGGAGCUCACGAGCUGGAGCAGAUGCAGCUGAUCCUGGACACAGUGCCGGUGCUGAGAGAGGAGGACAGACAGGACCUGCUUCAGGUGAUGCCUUCAUAUGUCAGUCGUGGAUGGAGAGUCAAGAAACCUUUCUCUGAAUUGCUGCCUGAAGUGGACGCUCAGGCUGUGGACUUCCUUGAGCGUAUCUUGACCUUUAAUCCCAUGGAUCGGCUGACGGCCAAAGCAGCCCUGUCCCAUCCCUUUCUCCAGCAGUACUCCUGUCCAGAGGAUGAGCCAACCUCGUCACACCCCUUCCACAUCGAGGACGAACUGGAGGACAGCCUCAUCACCGAGCAGAGCCUCAGCAACAGUCAGGCCUCCAGCAUCCACUGGGACAGGUAUGAGAACAGUUUAUCAGCAGAUGUUUGCUGGCGGCAGUCGGGAGGGAGGUGCCGCUGCAUGCCCUCUGCCCACAUGACCUCUGACCUGGGAGACACGACGGAGGAUGAGGAGGUGCAGAGGGAUCCCCGGGCAAAUUCCACCUCACUGCUAGAGGAGGCUCAGGUGGACCCACGGAAAUAUUCCCAUAGCAGCUCAGCUGAACGCUUCCUGGAAAACUCCCACUCCUCUCUGGAGCGGGCCUGUGGUUUGGGACAAGGGGAACUGGACUGCGGCCGCUCCUGUGACUACAAAGUGGGAUCUCCCUCAUAUCUGGAUAAAAUUGCCUGGAGGGAGGGCAAGCCUCAACACUACUCGGAGCCUAAGCUGAUACUGGAUCUGUCUCACUGGAAGCGCAACACCAACAUCCUUCCUGUGCCUGCUGAGCCCAUUGGUGGCAGCAUGGAGGACCUGGGAGAGAUGAAGGUGGAGGAGGCAGAAGAGGAAGAAGAGGAGGAGACGGGCGAUUUGUUCCAGGAGAUCUCUCGCUGGGUACAGAGCACCCAGUCUCGUCUGCACUCGCCCAGUCCCAGUCCAAGUUUGGAGCCACAUUCACCCUCCUGCUACACCUUCUCCCCCCCUCUCCCUCUCUCCCCGACUGAUCUCCCAACUCCAGUCUUCCACUACACAGAAGUUGUGAGGCAACCGUCAGCUGAAUAUGAUGAGAACAGACUAAGCCCACAUCCGCCUCUUACAUCUUCCUCCAAUUCCCUUCCCUCACUCCUCCCCACAUCUCCCACGUCUCCACUUCCUCCUCAGUCACCUCCAACAGUUUUUCCCCCACUUUUUCCUCCCUCAGAAUCUCAGCCCCUCUCCUCUACUUCCUCCAUUUCUCAGCCUGUUAAAGAGGACUCUAUGGAGUCGCUUCCUGUCAAGCAAAAAGAUCGUCUUUUUGACCUGGAUGUCUUCAUAUCCCGAGCUCUGAAACUGUGCAGGCAGAACAAGGAGAAAGCAGACGGAAAGAAAGGAAGGGAGAAAGAUGGAGGGUGGAGAGAUGAGAGCAAACAGCCAAACAUUAACAGAAAGGUGCCCAGGCUUCCAGAGUACAGGACUCCACCACCACACACCCCUAACUCUUGAUGUUUCAUUUCAGCUUCAGGCCCAGCAAAUGCUUCACAUGGUGAGUAUGCAGCUUAAACAUGAGACCUUAGUGUUUUCAGUUUGAUACGCAACCUGUGGUGACGGAAGCCUCACUGAAGAAAUCCUGCAGCUUUCUCAAGAUGUCCUCUCAGGUCAGAAGAGGAAAGGGAGCAUUUGGGGUAAAUACAAAUGCCUAUGUUAAUAGCAAUGAGUUGUUUGAUGUGAGAGUAUUUAGAAAUAAUUAUCUAAUAUAUGUUUGUGGAAUAUUUGAUUUGCUAUAAUUUGUUAAGUUUAAGAUACAUUUGCCUUGAUUACAGCUUAUUCUAUGACACAAAUGUCGAACUAAUGACUUCUGGGAACAGUAAAUAAGAGAUAUGCAGGCCAAUGAUAACAAAUGAAGAGGUAUCACUUGGUUUAGUUUUGCUCUGGUUUGGUUUUUGCUCCUACUGAGUUUUAAUCAUUCACUCAUUACUCGAAACGUCCGGCUGUCUUCCAAAGGUGAUGUUCACCAAAUAAUGAAAGUGACACAAGAAACGCUUCCUCCAUGUUUCUCUGAAUGUAUUAACUGAAAAAUACUCACGUUAUGCUACAUGGAAUAACCAUUAGCAUUUUUAUUUGUUGAUGCGUCAACAGUAACUUGAUGAUCUCUGUCACUGAUUCAUGCCUUGUAAACUUGUAUAAAACUCUUAUUUAAUUCUAUAGUAUAUUUCUUAAGACUAUUGUCUUGAUAUUGUGUCUGGAAUAUUGUUGUUUUAUUAUUUGAACGCUAGAGGAGCAGAUUUAUCUUAACUUGGAGUGAGUUGUGUUCUGUGUCAUGUGGAAUGCUCUGUUGUUAUCAUUUACGAUUUUUUUCAGCAGGUUUUGCUCUAGUUUGUUUGAUUGUUAAUAGUUUCAUAUCUUUUCUGCCUGAAACUGGGGUCUUCCUCUGCUGUUUAUUUUACUGUGCUCUCCUGCCGGACAGCCAGUUAUCUGUCAUCAUUUAUUGUGGCCACAGAAAUCUCAAACAACAGUAGCCUAUAUAUUUUGGAGAAUGUAGAUUCUUUGCAGCUUUUCAAGGAAACGAUUUGUACUCAAAAUGUCUCAGUGCUGCCCAACAACCAUAUUGAUGUAUGGUGUACAAAAUAAACCAAGUAUAUAUUUUUAAAAUACUUUUCUAUCCAGCAUGUUGGAGAGUUGAUCCCCCCCAUAGCUUCACCAAGGAAACCAAAUCAGGUAAUAGAUACAAUCAGAAACCGAUGAAGGCCAUUGAUUUAUGUCACAAACUUUCUCAAUCAUGUGCUUCAGACAUUCAUUUAACUUGUCAAAAUAUAAAAGGUACUAUAGCAAAUGGAAAUAUAGACAUUUCAAUUAUUCUACUGAGUUGGUGCCAACAAGACAGUUGAAUGCACGUGCCCCUUAUUCUGCAGCCAGAGAAACAGGUUUAUUUUUGUUCUGCUGUGACUGUACACGUUGAGUAAAUGCAGCCCAUAGACAACAGUGAGUGGGCUGUAAAUACACAAGGGUACAGCUACUGGAAAUGUCAGAGGUCACUGACAUGUUAAAAAUACACUGCCAGGACAGAUAGACCGCCCCAAAAUAAGAAAAUAUUCUAGUUUCAGUCCAGCAUCUGUUACCCAAUCUGAUGAGCAUUUCUAUAGUCAAUUUACAACCAAUCUCUCAAUACCUCUUAGAUAUCAGUUCAAUUAAAUUAGUCCAUAAAAUCCAUGCGAGCCACACUCAGAACACUAUGCUUUUGUUUGCAGUACCUUAAGCCAAGUAUUUAAGCAGCUGUUAACAGGUACUGCACAUUUCACCUGAAAUGCGCACUUUCCUAAUAUCUUCAGCUUCUAUACUCGCUGUGGCCAACAACACAGGAUAUUAGCAGAUCAUCACUUGCACAACACAGUAUGACUGCCUAAGGAUUGAGCCAUAUGUGAGAAUUGGUAACGGUGCAGCUUCUGAUACAGCAAAGCCAGGUGUGGUCCUUUAUAUUCACAAUAGACAUGAAGCACAUUUAGAGUCACUAGCACAUUUAGAAAUACAGGUUUUCCUCAGUGAGUACUGAAACUCCACCACUGUCAAUUUUCAUUUUAAGGUUUGAACCAGGGGCAAAUGAUUGUUGGACAAACUGACAAAAGGGUGAAGUGCGAAACUUUGUUUAUUUAUAGAAACAAAUGAAAUUUGUGCUGCAGUUAAACUUAUUAAAAUAAAUCAACAAUAAUAAUAAUAAAUUAACCUAUACAGGUCUAAUGAUCACAUUUUGCAUCAUGCAGUUUCUUCUGCAGGUAACCUAAGCCAGCAAUAACACCAUUGACGCAUAACACACAUAUGGUUACUGAGCCUGAUUUCUUUUAAAUGUGUGAAGCAAUGUAGAAAAUGUGCCUCUGUACACCUCAAUGCUUCCAGCUUGCUGAAUGUAACAUAUCCUCCUCUCCUGUCUGCAUGGCUUCUCACAGAUGUUCAUAUCGCUCGAUCUCUGUUGUUUUUACGAUUUCACUUUGUGAAACUUUGUACUCAUGCUUCACAGAGGCUCCAGCUUCUCAUUUAGGAAAAGCUGUGAGGUUUUUAAAUGCUCAGUAAUGAUUGAUAGUAUCUCUUUUUGCAGUUUCUGCUUUUGCUGGACAAUUAAUAAACCAAUACUUAAACUA